AUGGUGUCGCCUUUGCUUUACACUAAGGAGUCGCUUGAUCUGUGGGCGUGCGCGCGGUCCCCAGAGUUGGCACCAGAUCUCGCACAGCUCCUGCAAGACGACGCGCCUCCCAAUGACCGUAACGGUAUCGGUGAGACAGCGCUGCACGUCGCGGCAACUUCUGGCAACGAUGAAGCAGUUGCGCUGCUGCUCCGGUACGGGGCGAGUCUGUCGAUCGCGGACUGGGAGUCUGGUUGGACACCUCUACAUCGCAGUCUGUAUCACCAGCGCCUAUCCACGUCGCUGCUGCUUUUGCGCCACGCCCAGACGCGCUUUGGACGGUCAUAUUUGCAUGAAUAUCUGCACGAGACGCGAGAUCAUGCGCAGCAAAGCCCGAUGCAGCUGCUAUCGUCGAGGUUGUCAAAAAAAGAUACUGGCAGCAUUGUCGAGCCUGACAGUCAUGGAGGACUCGUCUAUACCUUUGGAAAGAGCGACUAUCAGCUCGGGUACCAUUUGCCAAAGGCCGAUGUACUAUUGACUCCACGGCUUGUGGGGAUCCCGACCAGCUUUGCUAUCGUUCAAGUAAGUGCCAGCAAGUACCACACUAUAGCGUUGAAUGCAGCAGGUGAGUGUUUUGCGUGGGGUUUUGGCAAAGGCGGCCGUCUCGGCACCGGAUCUGAGUUCGACCUGGUUGAACCUACACAGGUAAUGUCGCUGAGUAGUACGCCUUUGAAGAAGGUUGUCGCGGGGGAGAAUCAUACAAUGGCGCUUUCUCGAACUGGCCAAGUCUAUUCAUGGGGAUCAAAUAGUUUUGGUCAAUUGGGACAUCCUGGAAAGUCAAGCUCGUUGCAAAGUCGCCUAACGCCCAAGCGUAUCGAAGCUUUUCGGCUCCAAGUUGUCGCUGACAUUGCAGUGUCAGGAUGUCAUUCUGCUGCUAUUGCUGCGGACGAUGGCGCCGUCUACUCUUGGGGUAGUAAUCGCCGGGGCCAACUUGGACGCAAAGAAGGAUGUGGAACAGACCAAGCCGAUGGUACUCCGCGCACCGUUGAUGCGCUGCGACCAUGUUGUCCUACGAAUGUUAUAUAUGGCGAUUACGAUUCAGUGCGAGCUGAGAAACUUGCGUUGUCGGAUUGGCACACGUGUGUAGUACUGCGCUGCUCUCGCAAUGGUCGCAGUCUUGGUCAAGUGUGGCAGUUUGGGUACGGCUCCUACCGUCCCAGUCGUGUGAAGUUUUCGUCCUCCGCUUUUGCGAAUAACGCCGUUAUGUGCGAUACGUGGAUACCCACGUCCAAGCAGCACGACAUUGAUAUUCUGGAUAUUUCUUGCGCCCAAAACCACUCAAUCGCGCUGAGUGCCAGUGGUUCCGUUUUCACGUGGGGGCACAACGUACCUGCGCUGUCGCAUCAAUCGAGCGGGAGCUUGCGCGACCGGCAUGCCGAACCAUUUGGAAACCACAUAGCGGUAUCUCCAUCGCCUAGCGCUCCGCAGAUGGUGCAGUUACGCAAAUACGGCCCUGCCGCAAGUGUUUGCGCUUCUCAAGACCAUUGUGCUGUCGUUACCCAGCAAGGCGAUCUCGUGACGUGGGGCUGCGGCCAACAGGGUGUGCUGGGCCACGGGCGUAGCAACACGUGGCAACCGUGUCCCAAGCGAGUUGCUGGUGUGAAGAAAGCAAUUGCAGUGGCAGCUGGUCAUCAGCAUUCGGCGGUGCUGAUAGCACCUGUACAUCCCGCUUUCAGUAAUGUGGCAGAUGUCACUAGUGAGAGCAUGGUUCCGUCAUUAAUGGAGCUGGUGGAAAAGAAGCUUGCAGCUUGUGUAGACAUCACAAAUUGUGUGCUGUUGUGGCAACACGCUGAGCGCUACGCUGCGCUUCGUUUGCAAACGUACUGCUCACGGUAUAUGCAAGAAAACUGGGACGCUAUUUUAGACAUAGUGGGGGGAGAGCGGAUGGAGACGCUCUUCGAUGUGAUGCUGCCGCCAAUGGAAGAAGUGGUAAAAUUGGAGAAUGCAGUCGAUGUAGGUGCGCCGAAGAAGUACAUGAAGGAAAAGAAAGCGGGCAAGCAGUCAUGUGCAAGUCGAGGCACGCGUGGACGCCAGAAACACUCGUCUUGUGUGGCUCAGAAGGAAACGGACGCUGCAGCGAAAGAAUUGGACGAUGACUGUUCCACUGUCUUGUCAACCUCUGGCAAACCCGAUGAACGACGCAGGAGCAAGAGUACCAAGUUUGUGCCGUUGCAAUCGUUUCUAUCGAGCAAGACUGGCACCGCCAUCACACGUGAUUGCAAAAGCCCUUGGGAAGCCCGCGCCUCUGUCACGUUAGUAAAAGAAGACGAAAUGUUACCGGCGCGGGACAAGUGUGCGUCUUCUGCAUCGCCAAUAUUCACGCCCGGCACAGACGCUCUUUGCGUCGAUCCACAAGCGUUCCCCGAGCCUGUGGCUUCGGUACGUAAAGAUGGCACCACUGGCACCGCGUCAAGACAGCGCAGAACAAACACCGGCAGCCAACGUUCGUCAAGCCCGCGAGUUUCUGUUUCGCCGAGUCCGGUACCAGGCAAACACGUGCUGGAUCACGACGGUAAUCAGCACAAGCAGCUGACAGCGUUUUCGCUCAACUUGUUUCUCAAGCGACCCGCUCGUCGGACUACUCGUAGUGAGCGCGAAAAACCAGCUGCGCGGACAUGGAUAGAGUCAUCUCCAGAGCCGAGUGCUGUAGCUCUAGAGCAAAAGAGUCCGCCGCCAAAAACGCUGAAGGAGAUCCAAGAAGAGGAAGAAACAUUUGCAGCUCGCGAACGAAAGGCGAAGGUCGGCCUCGGUGGUGGUGUGGGGCAGCGAUCGCAGUCGACGAUCAACAGCUGGGGGCUCGUUCGCCCGCCUGGUCAUGUGUCAUUAGCGGAUGUCCAAAAGCUUCAGGAGGAGCAAGAGUUCAUACAGCAACAGCAUCAGAUCUUGGCGGAGAUUGAACGAGAGAGAGCGGAGAGAGCUCGAGCAGUGGCUGCAGCGGCGCAAAGCAAGCCGUCGGCAAAGCGGAGAGAUUCCGGGACUCGCAAGCAAAGGCGCAAAGUGGGGAAUGUCGCGAGCGGGAAGGACGUGUCCAGUGCAGCUACGAGUGGCCGCGCGAACCAAGAAAAGAAGCAGAAGAACGCGAGAGAGCGCAAAGCCGCCAAGAAGGCUGCGGGCGGGACGUUUGCAGCAACUGGGAAGCGCAUCGUGGACUCCACCCGAAGCGCAGGUCAAGAAAGAAAGGCUGGAAACUCUGCCGCUGCGCAGCGUGGUGGCACUAUGGCCGAAGCAGAAGCGCUUCGUCCAAGGCCGUCUCAGUCACGGCCGACGUGA